GGGCUUGUCGCACCAAAAGACGACACUUGGGAAGGAGUGUGACCACUUCGGUGGCCGCGCAGUGAGCGCGUGCCAUUUCGCUGUGUAGCGUCCGCGGGUGUAAAUUGCGUUACUAGUAGAAGAUCUGGGGAGCCUGCUUGCUUACUGUUUUUCUACUUUGGGCAACUUAGUGGGGGUCAAAAUGCCACUUUUGUCUGGUCUUCUCCGCUGGCAUGAAAAUGCGGAAAAACGUCGCCGAGAAAAGAGCGGCUUCGUUCGUGUCCCUGGACUGCUUUUAAGAGUAGAAUCAGAAGCAUCAGGACUUUCAGCUUUUUUUUUGUUACAUGGAAAUUCGGUCAAAUGGUCUCCAUCUAUCAAAGUCAAUCGCCCUUCCUUCUCAGCCUCCUCCCCCCCCUCCUCCUCAUCCUCCUCACCCUUCUCCUCCUCCUCCUCCAAUCGAAGCAACUGCAUGCCGCCCUCUUGCCACGGUAGGAGUGCUCUCGUCGGGCUCGGUACUUUUUUCGACGCCGUCUUUGCUCGAGAUUUAUGUUGCUGCGAGGCAUGUGCCGCACCGAAAUGACACGAGUACUUAUAUCUGAUCAUUAUAUUUUUAUUUUGAUUUGGACUUACAUCUGCUUAAACAUAUUGGUUGUAGCAUUGAUGCCAUCACGGUGAUAAACUAUUAAUUUUCCUACUUUUUCCUGAACCUACCUCCCUGGUCUCGAUUGUAAUGUUGAUGUCAUGUGUUCAAUCUUCUCAAAUUAGCUAUUCCAUGGAAGCGCAAACCACCAAACAAUCUUCAUGCUGAUGGGCUGACCGACAUUGAUGUUGAAGAAGACGAAGAUAAUCUCAAGGCUUCGAGUUUGGUCGUUCUUUCAACGGGAGUUGUGGAGCAGGUCGGCACGGAGGUAUACGAUAUAUAAUAGGGAUAAAAUGAACAUAAGAAAAAAGAACUACAACCAGAACAGCAGCUUCGUUCUCCCGCAAGUAUGACUGUUGGCUUCGAAGUGUUCCAGGGUUCAGGGCGGCGGAAGGCCCCCCCCGAUCUAGGGAGGCGGCGGGGGGGAGGGCCUUCAGCCCGAGACCCCUUUUGCCGAUGGACUGCCAGGCGGGAAGGCCCCCAAACGCCCACCUCCGCGCCCCUGCGGCUUCUUGCGUGUACCCUACAGAGCCCAAGCCCUUGAGGCCAUUCAAGCACCGACGGCCGGGGGUUGAAGGCUUCCGAAGGCGGCAAAGGUGGCGAGGCUUGACCCCCUUGCAGUGGUGCACGGCCCCGACAGGCCUCCCCCCGGUGUGCGGGCUUCUCACUGGAGGAACUCUCCGGGGGAUGGGAGGCCCCCGAGGGCAGCAGAAGGCAAGGCGUGACCCCCUUCGCCGUGCUGCGUGUGUCCGACAGGGCUCAGGCGGGCAGGCUUUGCCCCCACUCCUCGUCGCCUUUGGUCCUCAACCCCCCGGGCUGUCGGUGGCGGCUGACGCUGCCGCCAAUGGGGGGGAUGAGAGCAACGCAGCAAAAGGGGCCAGGCCUCGCGACCGUGGCCGCCUUCGGCGGCCUUCUACCCUCGGAGGCCGUCCCCCUGAUAGGGUCCAAGAGGGAGGACGGCGGUGAGAUAAACGCGGAGAGCCGUAAGGGGGCCCUGGCUCCGCUUUCUGAGGCCUUCGCCCCCCGGGAAUUCUCACACCACCGCGCAAAAAAGGGCGCGCCGACGCCACCACAGAUCCAUCCACAGCGGGGGGAGGGGCAUAUACAGAGAUAAAAUGAGCGUAAGACAUAAGAACUACAACUAGAGCAACUUCUUCCUCCCUCAAGCACAAGUGUGGGUUUCGAAAUAUUUGUGUCGAAGAAGAUGAAGUCUUUCAUUCUUCAGGCUCGUGCGACGGGUGGAGACAAUGGCGCAUCGCUGGUCAACAGAAAGCGAAAGGAACAGAAACAGAACUCUGAAGCAAUAGCUGCGCGACCAACAAAGAGCCGAGGUCUCGGUCAAAAAAUUGCAUCGUAUUUCGGACAGCAGGAAGACCAGAGGCAAGCAAGAACAACCGCAAAUCCGAGCGAGACGAGCAGAGACAUGGUACCUCAUUCAUUUAAAGUUAGGAGAACCACUACCACCUAUGAGUUUCACGAUGUAUCACAUGUUUGUUGAGUAGUACUUCUUGUCAUUGCCUUUCAUUCUUGUUCAGCUUGCGACGGUUGCAGGAGGAACUUUGGCCGUGAUCCUGAACGAAAGACUGCAAGAACUACAACGAGGAUACGUUCACUCUCUUGGUGGAACAGAGGAGGACUUAGCAAAGCAGAUAGAAUACCUGGGAUUUGUGCAAGCGGCAAACAGUGAGGCGCACGCUGUCAUCAAAACGCAGGCGGAGGACCUGGAAAGAAACCUCCGUACAAGCAUUGCCGGUAUGGAUAAUCUUCAAGGAAGCUUCGCUGGCUUCAGUGCAAGCCUUCUUGCGGCCCUGGAUGGACUAAAGGCACUUAUUUCAUACAUAGAAUGAGGAGAACUAUCAAUAUGAAUAUUGAUAUAUUUCACAAGGUAGAUUACUUGGAAGAUGAGCGCGAGUUCACGUCUUCAUAGGACCACCUGCCGAAAAUAGUUCCGUUCUUGUUGCAACAAAGAUACAACAGGAAGAAGAAGAUACUUCAGGCAAAAAAGAUCAGUUUGAUCAUGUUUUUCUGCAACUCGUGUGACACUCCUUGUCCUCCCCCAUUCUUCAGGCUUUGAACGGCGCUAAACUCUACAGAAGCACGGACGGCCCCACUUCGAACAUACGUAUUGUGCCAAUUGAAUGGAAAGAUAUUGGCGGAGACGAGGUCAACUGGGAGUUCCCAUUUCAGCAAGGAGGCAGCGCGAUGAAAACAAGUGCAGCACUAAAGACUGUUCAGUACGUGCAAAUCCCAAAAAAUAGGCUCGAUGCUGCGCGGCCUUGGCGCAGUUACUAUCGCGUCGCCAUGGACGUUUCGGAGGCAGGUGUUCAAGAGCAGGUUGACACUGAAUGGGAGCGACAAGUCAGUUUGGUCAAUGACCGUGCACUUUUUGAUGCGAUGUGCCGCCAUGGGUUGGACGUCAGCGCGUCUCUCGGACUCGAUGUGACGAAUAAAAAAAUCGCAUCUGGUGGAAAAUCGCAUCCGUGGAAUGCGGUCUUCAACGACGAGGCGGAGUUUGAAGCCCUAUUCGGCGCGGAGAAUGAGUUUGCAGAGCAGAUUCAGAAUCACGGCACGGAAAUCAGAAUUCCACUAAUCACCAAAUGCACCCCACACCACGCAAAUCAAAAGGUCGAUCCGUGCAACCAUCACUUACUCUCUAGGAGACAAGUAGCAUGGCCUGUAGCAGAUGUGAGCGAUGCGCUGAAAGACGAACGGGAAAGGGAUAUACUUUUCAAGACGUCCAUAAAGAAACCGCAGGUCAGUGAAGGCCGGCGUAUCCAGGUGCAAUGUGCCGCACCGACGCAAGAUGAGGUCAGCGAGUUUCAGGUGUUUCGCAGGGUAUUUGUUGAGUUCUGGCGGAGGGAUCCUUAGGCACGCAUAGGUAGCCAGACUGAUUUUUCUUGAAGAACUCUACUCAGUCUUCUAGAUGAUGACCAAUGCGGUCGACCUUGUGGACGCCUACGAUUUUGCAAUGUGCAGGUGUGGCGAAUGAAUUGUUGAUACUACAGAUAAUUCUGAGAACUACAGCACCAACAAACCUGAAGAUUAGUGUGCUUUGUACCAUUGAUUUUACGACGAUGAUUAAGAACAAGAACAUGAUGCAGCCGACAUUUUUACGAUUUUUAGACUUCUACACUCAGACGCUGGAUGCCGAAAGCAAUCGCACAUGUCUAU